AUGAUGAUCCUUGCAAGGAGUUGCUUAGAAGUCGCCCGGGCCGAUUAUGCUCAUAUCACGUUGUCGACUUUUGAUACCUUGCUAAGCGAGUACCUGACGUCGGAGAUGAUGGCGGAGAAGAGUUCAAAUCUCAAAGCGCAGCUAAAAAUUUCUGCAUCUGAUCCUCCCACUGAUGAUGAUCUCCUUGAUUUGAUUCGGAUCCACAUCGCCUUCGUCGAGUUGCGGAAUCACAGGCUGGCAAAUCGGGUACGAGUCCGAGAAGAACCAGAAUGGGCCGACAUCUUCAACAGGGGCAUCAAGAAAUUCUUGGACGUGGCGAGGGAAAGAGCGACGGCUCGUGUUGGACUGUCUUGUCAGCUCGAUAUUCCGAUCAACACCGGCGCCAACGAGAUGAAGCAGUCCAGCAGUCACGUGGAUGUUUGCCAUAUUGUUGAGCAGCUUACCGUCUGCUGGGAGCGCUGUGAAAUCACGGACCCGCGACUUCGAGCCGAGCUGACGGAACGAUUUGUCGAUUUGCUGUGUGAAGUCGUGAAGAAUUAUUCUAUAAAGACUAUUGCUGCCCUUGAAGCCGAAGGAUUCACCGGAGAUUUGCAAGUCUUCUUACCAUCCGCCUUGUUGAGUAUUUUCUGCUCGGCCAUCAACAACUGCGAGCAUGUUCGACGCGCUCUGAUCGUUCACGAAAAAUUGCGUUUGGACGAUUUGGGGACGAAGGAGGAACGUGAACAAAAGGGCGGUUCCAAGUGGAAGAUAUUGAUCGAACAGCGGCUAGAAGACUGCGAGGAGAUGAUCUCGGCCGAGAUUGACAGGAUGAUUGACAAAUUGAUCAAGCGCCUCCUCCCCCAAAUGAAAAAGCACGUUUUCCACUUGGCUUGGUCACCUUCAGCCUGUGCCGUUGAGGACUCCCUGAAGCCGCUGACAGAUAUGCUAGACAUCGAGCUAUCAGCCGUCCACCGGCAGCUUCUUCAUAAGAAUUUCCUGCGAGUCCUGGCCAACCAAGCUGCAGCAGUCGUGAUGCUGUUGCGAGGAUGUGUGGAUGAGAAUCCAGGGAUGGAACCCCAUUUCUACCAGCGCUUAUUCGAUUCUUGGGCCGUCUUGGUCGACUUCUUCCACGCUGGAGGGAAAGGAAUCUCGAUGGAACAACUCGAGACUACCCCUCAGCAUAUGGACCUCACUCGAAUCCUUUCACUAAACCAGACCCCGACCGAACAUUUGAUCGAGAAGUAUUACAAGGAGUUGUUGAAGCAGCAGAACGAAGUGACGGACUGCAAAUACGGGAUUCUCAACCUACGUGCCUACUACAAUGCCAAGUCCCAGACGCUGAGGUUGGACGUCAUCGGCGCCAAGCAAGUGAUCCCACUGGACACCAAUGGACUCCACAUCCCGCAAAAAGUCCCACCCGGCGCCCUACUCCACUUCACGGUUAUGGACCACGACUAUCUAAGAUCGAACGACUUUGCCGGGGAGGCAUAUUUGGAGUUGAUUGAUGUACCUGGCUUCUCGCCAACUACAGCACCAACGACGCUUCGGCAAUUCAAUCUGGUUUUGAUCCAUCCCGUCAAUAAUUGCAAAGACGUCUUCCAAGUCCUCGACAGUCGAAAAGAAGACAAGGAAGCUCAGGAUUUUCUCCGGAACGUCCAGCUAAAUUAC